AUGCUGGCUGAUUCUUACUGGGGCAAGUACAAAACCAUCUUCUACCUUUCGAUUGUUUACUGUGCUGGAAUGGCGCUGAUGGCCGUUUCGGCGGUGGAAUUUGACGAUUCGGGAGUUGGACAAGCCGUGAAUAUGGGACUCGCAUUGGCGGCUCUUUUCAUCAUUGCCUGCGGAACGGGAGGAAUCAAGCCUUGUGUGUCGACUCUUGGAGGUGAUCAGUUCGAUGAUUCCACUGAGCGGGGCCGAAAACACAUCGCCUCCUUUUUCACCGUCUUCUACUUCGCCAUCAACGCUGGAAGUCUUUGCUCCACCUUCAUAACUCCCAUUCUUCGCGACUUGAGCUACGUCCUUGCUUUUGCCGUUCCAUCGAUUUUGAUGGCGGUUGCUCUCGUUCUUUUCCUCGUUGGAACUCCGUACUACAUUCGAAAACCUCCAACGGGGCAAAAUGUCUUUUCCCUAUUUCUCGGCGCUACUUGGAACGCGCUCCGAAAUCGCUGCAAAACUGACAAAAAAGAGCGAGAUCCAGAUGCAGAUUUGAUGUCCUACGCCGACAAGAGCAAGUAUCCAAGUUGGAUGAUCCGAGAUGCAAAGUGGGUGUGGCCGAUUGUCGUCAUGUACCUUCCCAUUAUCAUGUUCUGGGCGCUGUUUGACAUGCAAGGCAGCCGCUGGACACUGACAGCUACUCAGAUGGACGGGUACUGGGGGAAGAGCUUCAAAAUGCGGCCAGAUCAAGUUCAACUUUUCAACUCGGUUUUCAUCCUACUUCUUUUGCCCUGCUUUGAGUUGUUUAUCUACCCUUGCUUGAAUAUUUUUGUCAAGAUGACGCCACUGAGGAGAAUGUGUGCAGGUCAAGUCAUCGCCGCCCUCGCCUUCGUCAUUUCCGGUUUCGUCCAGCUGGCUAUCCAAUCUGACCUAACCCUCGUCCCCGAUUUCGGCUCAGACAAUGCUCUUGUCGUCACAAAUGCUCUUUGGGAAGAAGAAAUGACAGUUUCAAGCGAGUACUGGAAGAACACUAAGUAUAAAGAAGAACAAGAGGAUAAUCACGAAGAGUUCUGCAAAGAGGAUGACGUUUGUGAAUUCACGCUCCCAAUUGAUCUUGAAGAUUUGGACAAAAUUUUUGGAUCGGAGAAAAUUGCCAGAACUCCAACUCAUGCUUGGCUUCAUGAAACGGUGCCUGAAAAUCUCAGUUUGAUGAUUAACGAUGACGAAUAUACAAUAAAUCUGAAGAACACAACAGGAACAACUUCCGGUGGAGGUGGAGGAGGAGGAUCAUCCUGUGACGCUCCGAAUCAGUCGACUUCUCUCAGUUGUUCAAAAUGCCAAAAUAACGGAGUAGAAGUCCACGAAAAUCAAAUUACCAACCUCGUUGUCUACAGAAAUGAAGACACGAAGGAAAUCGAUUAUUUCCAGUACCCAUCUUCUUACGAAAAAUCUCAAAAUCUCCAAGUCAAAGUCAUCAGUGUCAACCCGACGAAAUACUUCAUGAGAACUCGAUUGUAUAAGGAAAACAUGUUAGAAGACGAAUUCGAAUAUUUUUAUGAAAGGACAGAUAAGUCAAACGAUACGCAUACUGGACCAUACUGUGCUAAUACAGGAAAUGCUGCGGAGUUUGAACAAGAUAAUGAAGGCGGAGCAUAUGGAUUUGACGUGUUUCUUUACGAUUCUGCCGACGUCAUUGUUGACGAUCUAAUAGCGAUUGACGACAAUACUUAUGAGUCACAAUUAAGCGAUAAAUUCAAGGAAGACCAGCUCGAGCCAAUUAUGAGAUGCAGAUCGGAGGAAACUUUUUUGCAGGACGAAGACGGUCUUUCCGGAGGCUCGAUUUGGACCGUCAUGGUCGUCGCAAAUGGAAACGAAUGCAAGGUCUCGGUCUAUCGAGAUUCGAAUCCAAACACUGUCAAUAUCGCUCUACUUCUUCCGCAGUACUUUGUCAUCACGAUUUCUGAAGUCCUUGUUUCCGUCACAGGCUUGGAAUUCGCCUACAAUCAGGCGCCUAAGACGAUGAAAGCAGUCAUCCAGUCUUUUUGGCUGCUGACCACUUGCUUUGGAAAUAUCAUUGAUAUUUUCUUGGUUGCUGCGCAAAUGGGAGACAAUCAGGCUCAAGAAUAUUUUUACCUCGCGAUUAUCAUGUUGGGAACGACUUCAAUUUUCAUCCUUCUUUCCAUCUUUUACUACGAAUACGUCGAUCCUGCAAUCUUCGACGAAGCUGUUGACGACGAAUCAGACGACGAAAAAGCAAGCAUAAACAAGUCAAAUCGCUCUUCAAUUUCAAAGAGCUCGAGAAAAUCGAGAAAGUCGAAAAAAUCAAUCCGAAUGUCGGAAAUAUCGAUGGAAGAAAAGAAGGAAGACGAUGAGUUUGAAUGCGAGUUUUAG